AUGCCUCGUCGGCCUGGUCGUCCGCGAAUGAGCGAGACUGCUCACGGAGACGUAAACGAUGAAGCUAGGAGAGCUCGAAUGAGAUUGGCACAGAGGUCAUACCGCAAUCGGAAACAGAACGCACUUGUCUUGGCCAAGACUCGAGCUGAAGUUUUCGAAAAGGCCUUGGAUAGCUCCAUUAACGAGUUUAUACGAUUUUAUGAACAUGUAUCUAAAAAGAAAAGCGAAUUACCGCACGAGCUUAUCAUGGAUGUCAAUAAAACAGCCAUGAAUAUUGUGUCUAUAGCAAGGAAGGCUCGCACAGAACAAGGCAUCUCAGACAGCGACCAAACCCAGCUUCCUGAAGAGGGUACAACAGUUUCAAAUGGAGAUGCUAGCUCCGACCGCGAUCCGUCAGGUGUAAUAGCUGACUGGCUCAAUGCAUCUGGAAAGGAUUUAGCUGGAGCAGACCAGUACUCGAAACAUUAUGAACCUUUAGCUAGUAGCAAUCCAGCUCCGGUCUCACAACGAUUGCUACUAGCCUGUUUGACAAGAACCAUGGAUUUAUUGCAGUUUGGAAAUCUCCAUAUCUUAGCACUUACUCCGACGAUGCUUCUUCCGUUAAGGUUUGAUCGAGCGGAGAAUCUAUUAGAAAGUGUCUCUGAGCGGCUCUCUGGCGGUCCUAAGGCUUUUCUUGCAGACUGUCGCUAUCGCGACGGCCGAAAUGCAUAUCUGCCCAAGAUAAUGCGCCUUGUCGAGGGGGAUUUGAGCACUCUCCAACCAAGGUCACCACCACCAAAUUUAGAGCGCCUGCAAUUUGGAAUGACAAGAACAAUGCUUCAUACAACCAAUUCUGACUUCCAAGGAGAAUGGUUGGAGGCGCCGGAUGUUGAGGAAUAUCUCGAGCAGCGAGGGAUAUUUGUCCGUAUGGAUUCGCCCGGUGACGUGAUUAGGCUAUCAGCGCCAAGGAAUAACGAAUCAAGAUUAGCAAAGCGUGUGGCACUCCCAGGACAUGACUGGACAAUAUUUGGGAGGACUUUUGGGGAGAAUCAAAUUAUACCUACAGGGCUAAGUAAUUUCGCAGUAUCGGAGAUGUUACCAGAGACGGGUUUUCCUACAAGCAAGGCGGCAACUGGCCAAGAAGAAGAACAAGACCUUAAGAUAACUGUUGAUCUGGAUAAGCUAAUACGGGGGUUAGCAGAUAAAGCAAUUUGCCUUGGCCCAUGCCCUGGAAUCAGGAGGAUACAUGUUGAUGAAGCGAUCCGCGCAUCAGUAACUACAUUUAAGCAAUUAGUCAAAUAG